CUCUUGGCCUCGGGUUCGUAUGAUCAGACUGUUAAGAUUUGGGACACGCGGUCAUACCGCCACGCACACACUCUCAGCAGCCACGACCUUAUUGUCAGCGAUGUUGAUUGGUCAGGAGAUAGCUCACUGUUGGUCUCUGCGUCAUAUGAUUCAACCGUUAAGGUUUGGGACACGGAAACCGGUAGCCUGUUACACACAGAGGGUGUGAGUGGUUUUGCCCAGACCUGCACGUUCAGUCCCACCAGUAACGCGUUAUUCUUCACAGGCACAGCUAACAACGAAAUGGUUUUGGUGGAUUGGCGGAGGAGUGGGGGUAGCAAAGUGGCUAUGCGGUUUGCCAAUGAUACGAUGGUCAACUCAAUGUGCGUGUUCAGGGGAGUGUGUUAA